AAUCAUUCGAUGAAUGUGAUUGUUGCGUUAUCAAAGCAAUUUAUACAAUUUUUAUAAUUCUGUAAUACUAUUAAGGUUUAUACAAGUUUUGUGAUUACUAAAGUAAGAUCCUACUAGUGCCAGACAUACGACACCCUGUGUUUGGUGGCGGAAGUAGAGAAAAUAGUGAUCGAUUUCUCAAAGAUGGCUACACCUAUUUUCAUAAACAUAGAUCAAAUCAACAGAAAGGUCUUACAAAUUUAAAUCGGCUACAGUUAACUAAGAGUAAACAUAGUAAGAUUUCCAAGCCCAUGAGUAUCGUCCAAGUGCAGAACGACCUGCUGAGGGACUGUCUUCGUAAACAGCUGGACGAGUUCCACAUGCUAUCGUCGAUAUUCUGCAAUCCUGGCGAGCUCCACGUCGACAAUUACAGCUUCGUGGACAACAUCAACGCGUUUGUCGAAGGUGAAACCGCUCAACUACGCGCGAAGCUGGACUACCAACUGAAUCUCCCACUGCUUGAAGCAGUAAAGGUCCAAAUUCGCAUUGAGUUACCACAUCUUUAUCCAGGAAUUGAGGUCCCAGAUUUUGUCAUCAGAUCGACCAUGUUUUCGCGGGAUCAGGAGCGAUUAUUUUCAAGAAAAAUAGAACAAUAUAUUGACGAGGAGGUUCUAGAUAAAAACGAAUCUUAUGUUUAUCAGGUGAUUUCUUGGAUUCAAGAUAAUUUCCUUGAAAUGACAAAAACUAUAGAAAACUCCAACACCUUAGGCAGUAGCCAUGAAAUACCAGACACUCCUAGCACAAUCGUGUUUGAAAGAUUGUGGAUAUACUCACACCACCUGAAAAGUAAAACAAAACGACAAACAAUACUUAAAACGGCCAAAGAAUAUAAUCUCUCAGGUUUCUCAAGACCUGGAAAGCCAGCCAUUAUCUGCGUAGAAGGGCAACAAAAAGACACACAGGUGUUUUGGCGCACCAUUCGUCCAUUGAAAUGGCAAAAAAUUCAAAUCCGUUUAACGGAAACUGAAAUGAUUCGAUUCGAUCAAUUGAAUUGUAAGCGAAGAUUUCCAGGGUUCCGUGAGGAGUUGAUAACUGAAGUAGACGAAGACAACGAUGAAGAAGUGCCAAUGAAUAUGAGUUUGUUUAUGAAAUUCCUCGAUAAGCACGAAAGCGGGUAUAUAAGAAAAGAAAUUUUUGGUUUUUAUCAAACCGAACAAAUAUUAUAGUUUUAUCAUAGAUACUCUUCAUAUAUUGUGCAAUCUAAUAAAAAACUGUUAUUUAUAUCUUACGUUACUUACUUCCAA